AUGAGCCAAGAUUUUGACGCUACGCAAUCUUUCUACGAUGACGGCUAUGGCGUGGACGGCGAGGUGGAGGACGAGUACGAGGAGAUCACCCAAGAAGACUGCUGGACGGUUAUCACCAGCUUCUUCGACCAAAAGGGUCUCGUCAGACAACAACUAGACUCCUUCGAUGAAUUUGUGCAGAAUACCAUGCAGGAACUCGUGGACGAGAACUCGGAUCUCAUUCUCGACCAGGCGGACCAACAUACGGGACACGACGGGGAUGUAACGCGUCGCUAUGAGAUCAAAUUCGGGCAAAUCUAUCUUUCGAGGCCAACGGUUACCGAGGCGGAUGGUGCUGUAGUCCCUGUGUUCCCACAAGAAGCGCGUUUGCGUAACCUCACGUACUCCGCGCCACUCUACAUUGAAAUGAAGAAGAGGAUCCUGAUUGGGAGAGAGGACCAGGAAGGGAGCGGGGACAUGGUCUGGGAGGUGCAGCGGGACGAUGACCCUGAAGACACAAGGAAGGUGUGGAUAGGGAAGGUGCCCAUCAUGUUGCGUUCCACCUACUGCAUCCUCCACGAAUUGGGAGACAAGGAGCUCUUCGAUCUCAACGAGUGCCCUUACGAUUCUGGAGGGUACUUCAUCAUUAACGGGUCUGAGAAGGUGCUCAUUGCCCAGGAGCGCAUGGCGACGAACCACGUAUAUGUCUUCGCUAAGGCGCAGCCGUCCCCGAUCAGCUUCCUCGCGGAAAUCCGCAGUGCAGUAGAGAAGGGGGGGAAGACCAUUAGUCAGUUCCAGGUGAAGCUGUACCACAGGAGCCAAGAACGUUCGUUAGGGAACGUUAUGAAGGCCACGAUCCCCUACAUCAAAGUUGACAUACCUAUCUGGGUCGUCUUCCGCGCUCUUGGAGUCAUAUCCGACCGCGAUAUCCUCGAGCAUAUCUGCUACGAUAUGCAAGACAACCAGAUGCUGGAGAUGCUGAAGCCUUGCAUUGACGAAGGUUUCGUCAUUCAAGAUCGUGAGAUUGCGCUGGACUACAUCGGUAACCGUGGAACGACAACCGGUCUCAAUCGUGAACGUCGUUUACGCUAUGCCCAGGAGAUCCUGCAGAAGGAGAUGUUACCACACGUCUCCAUGGCCGAAGGUUCCGAGUCUAAGAAGGCGUACUUCUUCGGCUACAUGAUUCAUCGUCUACUCCUCGCCGCUCUCGAGCGCAGAGACCUCGACGACCGUGAUCACUUCGGCAAAAAGCGUCUCGAUCUCGCAGGCCCUCUUCUGGCGAAUCUGUUCCGCAUGCUGUUCCGCAAGCUCACCAAGGAUGUUUACCGCUAUCUCCAAAAGUGUGUCGAGACGCACAAGGAGUUCAACAUUUCGCUCGCCGUCAAGCAUAACACCAUCACGAAUGGUCUCAAAUAUUCGCUUGCCACAGGCAACUGGGGAGACCAGAAGAAGUCGAUGAGCUCGAAGGCUGGCGUAUCGCAGGUGCUCAAUCGCUACACCUAUGCAUCGACACUUUCUCACUUGCGACGCUGCAACACUCCGCUUGGUCGCGAGGGCAAGAUCGCGAAACCCCGUCAGCUGCACAAUACUCACUGGGGUAUGGUCUGCCCCGCCGAGACGCCAGAAGGACAAGCCUGUGGUCUCGUCAAGAACCUGUCGCUCAUGUCGUGUAUAUCCGUCGGUACCCUCUCUGCGCCCGUCAUUGAGUUCUUAGAGGAGUGGGGUUUGGAAUCUUUGGAGGAGAACGCUCACGCCUCAACGCCGUGCACGAAGGUGUUCGUCAACGGUGUUUGGAUGGGUGUCCACCGAGACCCUGUGAAGCUCGUUAGCACUCUCCGGAAGCUUCGUCGAAAAGACGACAUCAACUGCGAAGUGUCUGUCGUCCGCGACAUCCGAGAGCGCGAGCUCCGUCUCUACACGGAUGCUGGCCGUGUCUGUCGACCACUCUUCAUCGUCGAGAAUCAGCAGCUCCUCAUCCAGAAGAAGCACAUCGAGAGCCUGGUCCGUGCCAAGGACGACCCGACGUUCAACUACAAUUGGGACAGCCUGCUCAAGGACGGUGUCAUCGAGCUACUGGAUGCUGAGGAAGAGGAGACGGUCAUGAUCUGCAUGACACCGGAAGACUUGGAAAACUCGAGGCUGCAGGCUGCCGGUAUUGACCCACAUGCAGACGAGGAAGAAGACCCUUCGGCUCGCUUGAAGGCGCCGACAUCAGCUCAUACAUGGACGCAUUGCGAGAUUCACCCGAGUAUGAUUUUGGGUGUCUGUGCCAGUAUCAUCCCCUUCCCUGACCACAACCAGUCGCCGCGUAACACGUACCAGUCUGCCAUGGGCAAACAGGCCAUGGGUAUCUUCCUCACGAACUUCCUCAUUCGUAUGGACACGAUGGCGAACAUCCUCUACUACCCCCAGAAGCCGCUCGCGACAACGCGUUCUAUGGAAUACCUGCGCUUCCGAGAGCUUCCCGCAGGUCAGAACGCCAUCGUUGCCAUUCUCUGCUACAGCGGCUACAACCAGGAAGAUUCCGUCAUCAUGAACCAGAGCUCUAUCGACCGAGGUUUGUUCCGCAGUAUCUACUACCGAAGCUACAUGGACUUGGAGAAGAAGAGCGGUGUCCAGCAGCUGGAGGAGUUCGAGAAGCCCACUCGCGACACGACGCUGCGUAUGAAGCAUGGUACGUACGACAAGCUUGAGGACGAUGGUCUCAUCGCGCCCGGCACAAAUGUCAAUGGCGAAGAUAUCAUCAUCGGCAAGACUGCCCCCAUCCCGCCAGACAGUGAGGAACUCGGCCAGCGGACACGUACACAUACGAAGCGCGACGUCUCCACGCCGCUCAAGAGCACGGAACAGGGUAUCGUCGAUCAGGUACUCAUCACAACGAACGCCGAGGGCCAGAAGUUCGUCAAGAUCCGUGUACGCUCUACACGUAUCCCGCAGAUUGGUGACAAGUUCGCCUCUCGUCACGGUCAGAAGGGUACCAUCGGUAUCACCUACCGCCAGGAGGACAUGCCGUUCACCGCGGAGGGUAUCACGCCCGACAUCAUCAUUAACCCCCACGCCAUCCCCUCCCGUAUGACCAUCGGCCACUUGGUCGAGUGCCUACUCUCCAAGCUCGCGACGCUCAUCGGAAACGAGGGCGACGCAACGCCGUUCACCGACCUCACCGUGGAGUCCGUCUCUCAGUACCUGCGCCAGAAGGGCUACCAGUCCCGAGGUUUGGAGGUUAUGUACCACGGACACACCGGGCGUAAGCUCCAGGCGCAAGUCUACCUCGGGCCAACUUACUACCAACGUCUGAAACAUAUGGUGGACGAUAAGAUCCACUCGCGUGCGCGUGGGCCGGUCCAGAUUCUCACGCGCCAGCCCGUCGAAGGUCGUAGUCGUGACGGGGGUCUGCGGUUCGGAGAGAUGGAGCGUGAUUGUAUGAUUUCGCAUGGUGUAGCGGCCUUCCUGAAGGAGCGUUUGUUCGAGGCUAGCGACGCUUACCGACUGCAUGUCUGUGACAUUUGUGGCCUCACGGCUAUUGCCAACCUCAAAAAGCAAACGUUCGAGUGUCGAGCGUGCAAGAACAAGACUGCUUGUUCACAGAUUUACAUUCCUUAUGCCGCGAAGCUGCUCUUCCAGGAAUUGCAAUCUAUGAACAUCGCAGCACGGUUGUACACGACGUCGACGGGACGAAUUCGGGACUAA